UUUCAGGUCAAUUUUGUAUCAAUGAGAAUACAUUUUUUUGCGUUUUUGAUUAUUUUGUCACUUGUUGGAUGUGAUGGAUGGCAGGCAGAUGUUGGAAAGUUGGUUAGAAAAUGGAAUAAUCAACGAACAAUUGAUGGGAAUGAUAUAGAAAAGUGCAUACCAGACGAUGGAGAGCAAUGUACAAUUCAAGCAGGUUGGAAUAGCACACAAGUAUGUGAAUAUGUGAAAUGUAAUGAUGAUAACUGUGAAGGUGGUGGUUACGUGUUAUGGACAAGAUACGUGGAAUGUGCUUCAAGUCCAGCUGUUCGGAUUAUUUUAAUCAUAACCGGGGUCAUCUACAUGUUGGUGUUAUUUAUAAUGGUUAGCUCAGCAGCUGAUGACUUUUUCUCUCCUUCCAUUUCAUCAAUUGUUGCACAUCUCAGAAUUAGUGAAUCUGUUGCGGGAGUAACCUUCAUGGCAUUUGGAAAUGGAGCUCCAGAUGUAUUUGGAGCAAUAGCUUCUGUAUUGAGUAGUCCAACUCCAAAAGCUGAUCUUGCACUUGGAGAAUUAUUUGGAGCUGGAUUAUUUGUGACUACAAUGGUGCUGGCUGUCACUAUUUUCACGAGACCUUUUAAGGCAGAGGUGUUUAGUUCAAUACGUGAUAUUGCUUUCUAUCUUGUUGCUCUAGCAUUUUUGGCAUUUUGUUUUGUAUAUUAUGAUCAUGUUGAAAUAUGGAUGCCAAUUACAUUUCUCGGAGUAUACUUAAUCUAUGUGUGUACCGUAAUCCUUUCUCAAAUUCUUCAUAAUCGUCACAAAAAAGACGAAGAAAAAGUGGAUGAAGUGAAGACAGUAGAUACAGAUAGUUUGGAAGAUGAUGAUGAUAUUUAUGUUAGUCACGGUCAUCAUGUUCUUCAUGCACAUGAAGUUAUGAAAAUGGAAGCAGAAAUCGAAGCAGUUGAACCAUUAAAAACAUGGUCAUUUCGAGGAGUUGUUCAUGAUUUUAAAGAACAUUUGAAGCCAUGGCCAAGUAUGGAUGAAUGGGAUGAAAUGAAUAUUUUUCAAAAAGUGAUUGCUGUUUUGAAUACAAUUCCAAACUUCUUAUUUAAACUUACAAUCCCACAUAGUGAACAACCAUGGUCUAAACCAAUCACUCUUUUACAGUGCCUCAUUUGUCCGGUUUUCCUUCUUUUCUGUAUUCAAGUUUGUUCAAUAUCUCCAUUUCCAAAUUCUCCUGGUCUCUGGAUGUACGGUCUCAUUCUAUCUGUGUUGCUCACUGCUGCAGUGCUAUUUUUCACUGAACUACAUAAAGAACCACCUUUUUACAAGAGUUUAAUAUCCUAUGCAGGAUUUCUAAUGUCCAUUGCAUGGAUUUAUUUAAUUUCUUCGGAAGUUGUAAAUGUUGUAACAAUGCUUGGAGUUGUUUCAAGAGUAUCACAUGAAGUACUUGGUCUAACAAUUCUUGCAUGGAGUAAUAGUAUUGGAGACUUGAUUGCUGAUGUUUCAGUUGCAAAGCAAGGUUAUCCCAGAAUGGCAAUGGCUGCAGCAAUUGGUGGACAGUUGUUUAAUCUCCUAAUUGGAUUUGGUCUUCCAUUCACAAUUGCCAAGAUUCAAGGAAAAUCUAUAUCGAUGAUUAUAAAUCCAACUUAUCGACUUUUAAUGCUUUUCCUUGCAAUUUCUUUGAUUUUCACUUUAAUUGCAAUGUUUGCACAGAAAUACUUUUUACGACGUAUUCACUCAUAUUCUCUUGUCUUCAUCUACAUUUCAUUUUUUGUUUUUAUCGGUCUUUCUCUUGAUGAUAUACUGGUCUGGAAUUGAACGGGUUCGCAUUUAUUAUUUGUUGUUUAUAUAUUAUUUUUCAAAGAAUAAAAAUAUAAAACCUCCCAAAAU